AUGUAAAUGUUUAUGAAAUAAGAGCUAUUUUAGCAGAAAUAAUAAAUAAGAAAAACACUCUCUAAUGGUUCAACUUUGUAAACUUCUGAAUUACCUGAAUAUUUAGGAGUCUAUACAAUUGCAGAAGAAAAUGAAGAGCAAGCAAAAUCCUAUAGUAAAUAGCCAACUCCCUCUUAUGUUCAUUAUCAAAAUCACACAAAAUAAGUAAUGAAUUUAAUGAAAAAUGCUCAUAAUUAAUUAUCUCCAGUGAUUGGAAGAAAAAAAUUAGAAGCUAAUUUAAUGGGAUCUAUAGAUUUCAAUCAAUUUACAAGGCUGAUGAAGGCAAUUUACUAUCCAAUAAAAUAAAACAAAAAAUAAGACAUUGUUAAACAAAGAGCUUUUUCAGAAAAAAUUUUCCAAAAAUAAACUUAAUGA